CGCGUUCACUAGCUCGGUAAAAAACUUCUAGGGUUAAACAUCCGACAGAAACAUUUUCCCACGCGGGAAAAAAGAAAUUAUUUCACGAGCGACUCGAUGAUGAUGACGAUGGUGCAGAGCUGGGACAGCGAGCCAGACAUCGCUAAUAUGUCCAAGAGCGACAUACUGAGAGGAAUCAUCACUGACAAACUGAGCACAGCCGCUCGGGAGAUCUUAUCGGUGGUGGAGCAGACUGUAGCCGACUAUGAGGAGGAGGCUGCGGGCUUCAGGCAGGAGCUCGACCGGCAGAAUAGACUGCUGGAGCUCCUGCAGCCUGAGAUAAAGCAGGAGGCAGACGACCAGCAGCUGUUUUCCAUCUGUGAAGAUGGAGGUGGUCCAUUACUGGAUGAUCAGGAGCAGGACAAAUAUGAGCUGAGGGUGGAGGACAGUAGGAGCCUGGGAUUUCAGGCACCGAUAGAGGAUGAAGAGUAUGAAUAUUUAGAGCAGGAGGAAGGACACACGACAGAGCUGGAUUAUGUAACAACAUCAAGGUUCUUGACUCAAACAAUUCAGUCUAAGAGGAGAAAAAAACAUGGCAAACGUAGAAUUAGCAAAUCACAAAAUUGCAUAGAUCUCAAAAUCCGCAUCUUGGAAAACCCAAACAUUGAAGUGCUUUCAAAUACUGUGUUUCGGAUGUACCGGCUUCACAAGCUGAAGGUUCGUCGUGGUUUGAAGGAAGCUGACUUCCUGAAACUACUCAGGUCUACCUUCCCUCAGCUGGCUGGAGAUGAACCUUUUGACCUUUUCUUAUAUUGCAACCUCAAGAAACUGAAACCUCUGCAAGUAGACUCUGUGACACCAGAGGAAAUCCUCAGAGUUUCUCGGGGAUCUACCCUCUACAUACGACUGCAGAAAGAAGAUGCUGAUGAAGAUCUUCCAUCCACUGAGACAGACACCCAUAUAAAUCUCAGAAUCCGCAUCCUGGAAAAGCGAAAGAUUAAUGUUUUGUCAAACCAAGUGUUUCAGACGUGCCCGCUUCACAAGCUGAAGGUUCAUCGUGGUUUGCAGGAAGCUGACUUCUUGAAACUACUCAGGUCUACCUUCCCUCAGCUGGCUGGAGAUGAACCUUUUGAACUUUUUUUAAGGGCCAAGCACAACAAACUUAAACCUCUGAAAGGAGACUCUGUGACACCAGAGGAAAUCAUCAGACUUUCUCGGGGAUCUACCCUCUACAUACAACAGUCACUAUGUCAAGAAGAUUUAAGACUUAAGAUCCGCAUCCUUGAGGACCCUAAGAUUGAUAAGAUCACAUAUAUAAUGUGUCAGAAUCACCCGUCUCAUGAGCUGAAUGUUCCUCGUGGUCUUCAAGAGGCUGACUUCCUGGCUCUGCUUAGGUCCACUUUCCCUCAGCUGGCUGCUGGUGAACCUUUUACCAUCUUAAUUGGUCGCAACCACAAUCUAAUUCCUCCAAGAGUGGAGAGUAUGACUGCAGAAGAGAUCUGCAAGAACGGGACUGGGAAUCCUGGUAUUUACAUCCGACUGAAGGGUCCAGAGAAAAGGUCUGAGGACCCUCAGAUGGAUACGAUCUCGCCCAAUCUGUUUCAGAAUUACCUGCCUCAUGAGCUGCAGGUUCCUCGAGGUCUUCAGGAGGCUGACUUCCUAGCUCAGCUGAGGUCAACCUUCCCUCAGCUGGCUGCUGCUGAACCUCUGGAGCUCCUGAUAUUUAAUGACGACAAGAUACUAGAGCCUCUAAAUGUGGAGUCACUGACAACUGAGGAGAUCAAAGAGGCUGUCCAGUCAACUGCGAGUGCUACCCUCUUUGUUCGACUGAAGGCAUCAGAGGAUGUUCAGGAUGAUGUGAAUAAGCUUGAUGGUGCUGAAGACUCUUCAUCCUUUUCUGAACAAACCAGACUGCACAAGAGUAAUGAAAUGAAACCCUUGGAUGAAGACCUGAAGGAUAUCAUCCUCAGAGCUUUGCCAUUAAUUUCUAAAGAGACUCAACAGUCAUUGAUUCAUAAGCUGUUAAGUGAUGGAGUGGAGUCUACCCAGGACCUAAAAUUUGUCACUGAAGAUGAUAUUGCUGACUUGCUGCCUCCCCUUCAAUUACAGACACUCCUGGAAGCCUUUAAAAAUGAGACAGACCUGGUUACUUUGGACCUGCCAGUGACUCCUUCCUCUAGCUCACUGCUCAGCAGUCCUGCAGCAUCACCUUGCUCCACUCCAUCCGGUGUACUCCCACUCUCGAAUCAAGAACAUGACAACUCAGAAAGCUGCUGGCAAACCACCCUUUUCAGAAAACAGUGGGCAGAGACAUUCCAGGUGCCCUGGGACCUCAUGCCAAUGGAAAUUCAAGCAGCGGUUGCUGAGGGCAAGAGACCAUCUCCUGCAGCAAGGAGACAGAUGGUUAGGAUUUUAGCAGAUGAGAUGAGGAAACACGAGCUAAACCCAACACGUGCUCAGUGUGUAACCAUCUGCCGAAACAUUGUCCGUAAGUACCCUCAGAGCUUUGCUGAUCUGUGUGACAACGGUCAGCUGCUGGAAGAGGAUUACAUCUCGCUUGUGAUUCAAAUCAAAAACCGAAUUGAUAACCUGAAACGGACCAGCAACUUUCGCCACAGCCGUUUGUCUGGAAUGAAAAGAGGAUCCACCAACAAUUAUGGCUGCGCCAGAUUUGAGCCUGGCCUGCUGCCGGAGGAGACAAAUGAAACAGUGGAGCGAAAACGCCAGCGACUGGAAGAAAUUUACCAUCAGGAUGACUCAAGCAUGGUAGAAAAAGACGAAGUAAAAGAACUCAUGAAAGUAACCUUCGACCUGCAGCGCCGCCAAAUAAAUGCACUCCCAGUACCGGCUAUUAGAGAUUUAAGGGGCAGAUGGCCUUAUCUUUUCACACACAAUGGACUUUAUACUCAUUUUGAGCUGCUCACUGAUAUCAAAGUGCUUCGCACUCUCGAGGUUGCAAUGGAGGAGUGUGGACCAACCAUCCUGGAGAUCUUCAGCAAGUCCACUAAUCCAGAUAUCCAAUCCAUCCUCUCAGUGGGUCCAAAACUUGAACUAUCCUUCUGCAUCCUGCAACUUCUGAUGGCUCACUUCUCCGAACCCCUCAGAGGACUGAUUCUUUUUGCAAAUGCAAAUGCCACAGCAGCUGAAUUACAGACGACACUCCAACUACCUGCAACUCCUCGACUGAUACUCCUCGCCGAAUCACCGGAAAGCUCCAUUCGCCGCUGGAUGAUCAGUCUUGAGGGGCACAUCAUUUGCGAGGGCAUCCAGCCGACUUUUCUGUCCGGCCUCGCUGCUGUCUUCUCUACUUACUACAUCUUCAAUCUUCAGUAUCAAGACGAUGCUGCAUGCACGCUGGAAUUCAUUCAAAGGCGAUUGAUUGGGAUAAAUCCCGACAGAGGCACCAAAGUUCCACAAGGCAAAUUCCUGUCAAAGGAGACUGGGAAGUUCACACAGGAAAAGACUUCGCCAGUCAACCCCCAAGUUUUAAAACUGUUAAAGAAACUAAUGAAUGUGAACCCAGCUGUUUACACCCACACAACCAUGUUUCCAUCAGUUCAGGGGACAUCAAACUGACAUUCAUGUUUAUUUUUGUGGAGAAAUCCGAAUUUCUGGGGUCUGAAGAACCUUUUGGAGCAACAGCCGACACUUUGGAGCUUGCAGUGUAGUGGCUGGAUAUCCAGACCAGAACUUUGGGUCCCAUGCACUGGCCAUAGUCUAUUAGUCUACAUGAUGUCGUCAGAUUGUUUUGAGAGUGCACUUUGACUAGUGCAUUUGUCUUUCAUUCUUGAUUCGGACUUGCUGCAUGCACCAAGUACCAGAAAAGUUUCUGGUGCCACAGAUUCUGCAGACUGUUUAUACAGAUCACCCUUUGCCUUACUUAAGACUUUGAAAUGUGCAAAUUCAAAGUGUGAAAGAAACAAGGAACAAAUACAACUUUAUGCUGUUUUCUUUGUUUGGGUUGACUUAUGUUCCCCAAUGCAAGUUGCUGUUUUCUAGCAGAAACUCUGAAGUACUAUAUUUUGUUUACUGUACACCUUUUUUUUAAAAUUGCUGUAAUUAAAGUUACAUUUCUGGGGUAAGAUUUGGGCAUUGUUUUACAUUUCCUGUUUAUCUUCGUUCAUUGUUUACACAC